GAGGAGCUUGGGUUCACUUCAUCUAUAAAGGCCCAUUACUUCUUCUCCUUCUCUAUCACUUACGACUGCGCGAGUGGCAGAGAUGGAUAGUGGCAGAAACAAGAAGCUGGUCUCAUGGUUCAUUGUUCUCUUCCUCUUCAUGCAAGUAGUUGCAGAGGCUUCCUUGCACAAUUUCAUUGGCCUCGAAGAUGAUAAAGAGGGAAAUGCAACUCCUGCGGAUGGAUUUUCCCGGAGACCAAUAAUCAAUUGCAACUUUGCAUGCGCAAGGAGAUGUAUGAAGGCAUCGAGGAAGAACGUAUGCGCGCGUGCGUGUGGCACGUGCUGCAUCAAGUGCCAGUGUGUCCCCGCGGGAACCUCCGGAAACAAGACCAUGUGCCCCUGCUAUGCUAACCUGCGAACUCAUGGACUCAAACCCAAGUGCCCAUAAUAAUCUUGAUCAUAGAUCAUAGAUGUGCUGUUCCUCACAUCACUUGAAUAAUUUUGGAGUUCUUAUUAUUAUUAUUGUUAUUAUUUUGUUGUUUGAUUGGUCUGAUGUUUUGCUGCUACAAACUAUGCAAGUGUAGUGAUUCUGGUUCUGAAUUUUGAUUUCGCUCUCUUGUUUGGGUUCCUCUA